AUGACAAAAAUUAUCAUCAUCAUAUAUGCUACGUACACUCACGUGUAUCAAUUGGCCUUAGAAAUAAAAAAAGGAGUGGAAAGUGUCAUACAUGGAUCAAACGUUGAAAUUUUUCAAAUUCCUGAAUCAUUUCAAGAGCAAAUCCUAGACCAAGUGCACGAACAUCCAAAGCCGGAUAUCCCAUUUGUUACCUCCGAAAAAUUAGCAGAUGCUGAUGGACUUCUUUUCGGGAUCCCUGCAAAAUUUGGACAAUUUCCAGCUCAAUUUAAAGAGUUCCUUGAUUCUUCAAGUCAAAUUUUGGGCAAAGAGGCAUUAAACAAUAAAUUUGGCGGAAUUUUUUUUUCAAUGGAUACACAACAAAGUGGGCAAGAAAUGAUAGCUUUCACGGCAAUAAGCUGGUUAUCGUAUCAUGGUAUUAACUUUAUUCCACUCGGUAGUGGAUCACAUGAAGAAUUGAUUGGAGGAGUACCUUGGGGAGCUGGUACUAUUGCCAGUAAUGAUACUUUAAGGCCAAUUUCCGAGAAGGAGAAAGAUAUUGCACAAUUUCAAGGAAAAAAAUUUGCAGAAAUUGUUAUGGCUUAUGUUAAAGGAAGGCAAGAAUAG